AUGGCGACGAUCCAACAUUGGGUAUGGUAUUGGCAGCCGAUGAUAAUUCUCUAUGGGAAAAUUUCCCGCCAUUUCUUAACGAUUCAGAACUUGUACCAGAAGCUGAUCGAAGACACGUUCUGUUUAUGUAAAAUGAUCUCGCAAUUGGAAGGAAUGGAAAGUUGCGAUGAUCACAGUUAUGCUGCCUUGUCACCGUUAAGUUCACCCCGUGAAGGUUCACUCAGUCAUGGCAGUACUUCACCAACAAACACGUCCUGUUCAGAAGGUUCAUCAUAUCGGCUGGAUAUCCUCGAAGCGGCUAGCCAAGAGCUUUUUACGCAAACUUCCUUUGAUGAUGUGAAACCAGAAGCUCCUACUCAGCCCACAACAGCCACAACAUCCACCACGGCUCGUACUCAAUUCACUCCGUACCGUCUUCAGCCAGUUUCCAGCCAAAAGAACCGAGCUCCAACGCUCACCACACGCCCUGUCACUCAACGACCAGCGCCAGUCGUCAGAUUUAGUACGUCUAUUUUGACCGUGAAUUACCCACGCAAGUAG